UACAUAAAACUCCACAUUUCCUGCUGAGUAACCUAACAAAACAAACACAAUAUUGCUCCGUGUUUGACCUGUUAUAGUAAACAGUGAUGGCUGAAAGGGACUUGAGGCUUUUGGGUGCUUGGUUCAGUCCAUUUGCCCUGAGGGUGCAGAUUGCCCUUAACCUCAAGGGUUUGGAUUAUGAGGUUGUUGAAGAGACUUUGAAUCCCAAAAGUGAAUUGCUUCUUAAGUCCAACCCUGUGCACAAGAAAAUCCCAGUUUUCUUCCAUGGAGAUAAAGUCAUAUGUGAAUCUGCAAUCAUAGUUGAGUACAUAGAUGAGGUUUGGUCCAACAAUGCUCUCUCCAUCCUUCCACAAAAUGCAUAUGAUCGAGCUAAUGCCCGAUUUUGGGUUUCUUACAUCGAUGACAAGUGGCUUACGUCCUUGAAAAGUGUUCUAGCGACUGAAGAUGAUGAGGCAAAGAAGCUACACUUUGAGCAAGCGGAAGAAGUGCUUGAGAAGGUGGAAGAAGUGUUCAACAAGUGCAGUGAAGGGAAGGCCUAUUUCGGAGGAGAUACGAUUGGAUUUGUUGACAUUGGUUUUGGAAGCUUUUUGAGUUUCAUUAGAGUCUCAGAGAAUAUGAAUGAAAGAAAAUUGCUUGAUGAAACGAAGCACCCUGGUUUGACCCUAUGGGCUGAAACUUUUGCUGCUGAUCCUGCUGUGAAGGGCCUUCUGCCAGAGACUGAAAAGCUUGUUGAGUUUGCAAAGAUUCUUCAGCUAAAAUGGGCUGCUGCAGCUGCUGCAAAGUAAAUGGAAUCAAAUUAAUUGCUGGAUGAAUUUCAAAAAUUGUUGUGCAAGUUAUUUAUAUCUGAGGCUAUGUUUGUUGCAACUUUAUAUAUUUAAAAGUCAAAAUAAAUGUUAUGAUAAUAUAGUAAAAAAAUAUUUUAGAAAUUUGUUCUGCAUUUUGAGCUGUUAUGUCUGAAAUUUUACGUAAGGGAUCAACAUUGUCGUGAAGGGUUGAAAUGGCGAAUGAAUCCAAUUAUAAUGCCAAAAUAGGAAAGCCAAAUGGUUUGCAUUUGCAUGGCAUAAUCUAUUAAAUUGCAGAUUCGUUCUUUUGCUUA